AUGCUAGUGUCUUCUACCGCAACGGGCACUGGCUCAAGCUUGCCCACGGCGCAGGGGAAUCCUGAAGGCAGUCCAUUGCUCCGAGACAGGCAGAGUUCAGGUGCAAACAUCAAUAUUUCCCAAUCAUCAUUGUUACCAGCCUACUCGCUCUUGGGGGAUGACCUUGCUGGAAAUUCUCCAUCACAACCUUCCGAUGACUUUGAACCAUUCUCGUUCGGUCCACUUUAUGAUCUCUCGAUUGAGCCGUUUGAAAGUUAUCUGGGAUGGAACCUCGGUGAUGAAGAUAUUGAUCUAAUGAAAAAUCUCAACGAGGCUUGUCUCGACACUCCUCCGGCAUGUUGGCCUCCUUCCGCGACUGUGACCCAAUUUUCUGCACAUCCAGAGUCGCAAACAGUGCAGGAUGCGGCGACAAUGCGGUUGAUACGGGAUUCACAGCCAGCCGAUAGCCCCUGGCCGCAUGUAUACAGACCAAGCAGAGACGACGGACAACUCAGUAUCCCGCAGCUCAAUAUCUCUUCAAUUCCGCAGCCGAGCUUGCAUGCAGCAUAUCUUGACCAUCUGGAUAACUCCACACGUGAGGCCAUUCUGUCUCUCAUAAAUACUGCUCAUCAACCUCAUUGGUCACCUGUCGAUGUGGCAGCUUUUCCGUCGGCUCGCACGUUGUCUAUCUGCAUCAACCUCUACUUUCGACAUUUCCACGAGACGCUGCCUAUCGUUCGCCGCUCAACCUUCCAAUCAGCCGAAGCCAGUCCGGUUUUGUUACUGUCAAUGGCAGCCAUCGGAGCAACGUACUCUAAAAACGGUCUGACUGGAGUCGCUGUCGCUCUCAAUGAGUUAUGCAGGAGGACAAUUGCCUACCUCAGGGAAAGUGACCGGCGUGCAAUGUUUGAUACGUCGAUCGUCCAGGCUUGGCUGCUUCAGUCUGCCUUCGGGCUUUUCUGUGGCUCUCGGAUGCUCUAUCAGCACUCUGAGAUUAGUCGUGGUGGAUUGGUGACGGCUUCCAGGCGGAUGCACCUUCUUCGUCCUGGUUUUUCAUUUGUCAAAGAACUCGAACGGCACCGAGCCUCAGCAUCACCUGAAGAGGUGGAGCGAGCAUAUGCAAAGGAUGAAGAACGCUGUAGAUUAGGAUGGGGUAUUUAUCUCUAUGACAUGCAAAUAUCCGCGCUGUUGAAUAUUUCGCCACAUUUCUCAAUUGGCGAUAUUGACAUAUCAUUGCCCUGCGAUGAGGAGAUCUGGGAAUCCCGCCCUCCUCGUGGGCAUCAUGACUUUGCCCAGUCCGCCAAGGAUACCCUGAACUUCCGACAUGUGCUUCAGCGCCUGCUGUCCGUUGGCAAGCUGCCACAGCCAUUGAACCCAUUUGGGCUGUCUAUCAUCGCACAUACCCUCUACAGAUUGUGCUCUGAUGCCUCUGCCCUGGACCCAAUCUGUCCAGCUCGGUCCCCAGAGAACGGCUCGUUCUACCGACUACAAUUUUCCACAAACUUGAAACAUAAUCCGCAGGAAAUCCUUGAUCAGCUGUCAGUGUGUUUUCAUUUCCUGUCCUACACACCCACCGCCCUUCUUGUCAGUGUUUCGGCUCUGUCUCAUCUAGGGCACCUGCAAUUUACUUGGCCUGGGUUUUUGGAUAAAGUAAAGAUCGCCGCAGGGAAGUCCGGGACCGAGGAGAGUAAGCUCAGUGCACGUGCGUGGCUUUGCUUGAGAAUCUCUGAUGAUGUGAUCGGUGCAAGAUCUAUUCUUGUUCACGCUGGACAAUUAAAUGCCCUUCUGAUUCGGUUCACAUUUGAAAAUCCAUGCGAGGCUAUAUGGACAUUCUACGCCGCGCUCGCGUUAUGGGCGAUCAUCAAAUUUGGCAGUGGACUAAACAUCUCGUCUUCUGGUCCGAAACGAACGGUCGUGACAUGGUCUGACUUCGACGAUGUUCACGAGUGGAUCCAGCAUGGUGGCCAAGCUUCCUUCCAGGGACUUGGGAAUUUGGUGGAUCUGUCCGAGUCAAAUCUUUUGUCCACAUUUAGCGAAAGAUUGGAGUCUAUGUCAUGGGGCAUAUCUCUCCAAUUCCGCCAUGUUUUGAUGAAUCUAUCCAAAGAAAUAACCUAA